GGAGAUAAGAAGAUAAGGAAGAUGGGCGAGAGCUCGCCGGAUCUCAGCCUCCGGCUACGCCAGGGCAGUUCCGACUCCAGAGAUUCCUUCUACAUGGACUUUGCACAGGGUAUCGAUUCCGAUAUCGAGGAAGUGACGCGGCCAGGCGAUAAUAAUUCUGAUCCUAUGAUGGAAAAUCAUCUGGAGGAGAACGGGAACGACUUACCACCGAUUGAAGACAUUACGACGAUCCCCGAGGAGGCCUCGGAAGAAUUAAGAGAGGAGGAGGAGGCGGCCGCGUUGGAGGCCGCGCUUAGAACGCCAGACGGUGGCACGAUUAGCACGGAAAUUGAGAAACCGUCGACCGCGUCGCUCAUGCAAGAUUGGCCAGGACUGCCGGUCGCGCUACCGUCACCAGCAUCACCAUCCGCGGUAAUCGUCUCGCCGGAAACGCUGUCUAGACACAGCAGCAGCUCACCUUCUCGCGUUCACCGGCCACCCCAGUUUGCGUUGGCCCUACCAUGCUCCUCGCAACCGAUUCCGGCGGUCUGCUAUCCGGCAUCGACCUUUCUCGAGGUCACCGACGAGCGGAAGUGGAAGAACCUUGGCUGCGACGCCCUGGCGACCACUUUGAGCGCGCUGUACGGGAAACUUCUGGUUGUGAUGGGGAUCGCCUUUCCCAUGGCGGAAGUAAUAUCCACGUACAUACCGCCGUCUUUCUACGAGGCUUUCUACCUCUACCUCUACUUCGGCAGCAUGAUCUUCCUCGUGUACAUGUACGCCAUGCUGUUCGGGGACAGCAAGACGAAAUCAAAGAAGCAGAAAGACGUGUGCGAUCUGGACUCGUCGAGAUCGUCGAGCGGCGCCGGCGGCGACAGUGACGCGCCUGAGAGCGGAUGCCCGUACGUGAAUCCGGUACGUCCGGUCCAGCACUACGGUAGCUUCUAUCUACGAAUGGGUGCCGUGGCGUUCGGCAUCGGCUCAAUGAUCUACUCCGGCUUGGAAUUCGGCCAGUACUUUGAGUUGGAGCAAAACACCAAGUGUCACAACAUCAUGCUGGCUCUCACACCUGCCACGAGAAUGGCCUUCAUCUUCAUCCAAAUGUACUUCAUAUUCCUAAACAAUGAGCAGAUGAAGGUUUAUCGUCAUCGCGUUAUUGCACGUUUUGGACUAAUGCAUAUGAUCGGCACGAAUCUAUCAGUUUGGCUGAACGUUCUCGUGCAAGAAACAAAACACGAGAUCCUCACGUUUUAUAAUCCGGAGAACAACUCCCUCAGAAUUUCCCACAGAUUAGGCUCGAAAGGACUUCAUCUCGGUGGUCACAUGCAUUCUCAUCACGGAGAACACGUGCGAUUGCCGCGCGGUCUCAAAGGACCCCAUCACAUGUUCGAAUGCAGAAGGACGAAUAUAAUGGGAUCGUUGGUACAAGACGCCAGUCCUUUCCUUUUUCCGUGCACGAUAGAAUACAGCUUGAUCUGCGCGGCUAUUUUAUAUGUAAUGUGGAAAAACAUAUCGAAAGUCGGCUUCACGAAGCCUGCAACGCCGCCGGGCUCGCGUCAUCACGCACAUGCCUAUAGGAAAUCGCCUCAUCAUUAUAGCGUGGAUUGCGCCCGCGCGCACAAGGGCCUCUUCGUGGGCAUUUUGAUUCUAGUGCUGACCAUAAUCUCCCUCAUCCUCUUCUUCGUUCUCAUUUCACGGCCCGAGCUGAUCAGCCUCGCCGUAACUGAAGUGAACGUCUGCGAAUUAACGCUCUACGGAAUGUCGACCCUGGCGACGAUGAUCGGCAUGUUCCAGAUGCGUAAGCUGCGCUACGAUGGCGGCAGAAAUCUGGAGCUCGACAACAUCCUCCUGGUGGCCGCUCAGACCGGCAUGUUCAUCUACUCUACGUUCACCAUCAUCGGCGGUCACUUCACCCUACAAAAACACACGGUCCUCGUGCUGGUCACCGCUCUGGCCAGCGUCGUCCAGACUACCUGCCAGACCAUUUUCAUUCUAGACUCGUCGAGGCGCACUGUCGCCACCGCCGAGCAGAUACGCAGGAAGCCGGGCAGAGAAAUCGUGACGUUUCUAUUAGUGACGAAUCUGGCUAUGUGGGCGAUCAACACGCUGGAGAAGUCACGGGCGGAGUCGCAUCCGGUGCAAUUGCACUUCUACGGCUUGUGGGCGUGGACGAUUAUCACCCAUGUCUCAAUGCCGCUGGCGAUCUUCUACAGAUUCCAUAGCACCGUAUGUCUAUGCGAAGUGUGGAAGCGGGCCUAUAAGGUGAAACCAACCUACAUGUGACGCAAGGGGUCCCGUGAGGUCAUAUGGAAGACCGGUGGGAUUCCGCAGCGGCCUAAAAGUCAACUGUCGAGGCUUGACGCCAUUGCGGAAAACGAUCCGGCGUAUUUCAUUUGAUCGAAAAAGACAUCGAGUCACAAAAAUGAUUUUAAAGGGUCAAAAUCCGUUGGGCAACGUAAUAAUUAAGAAAUAGGCAUCGAUAUCUUUAAACGGAACAAAACUUUUCUAAUCCGAGCAUGAUUAAUGCAUUAAUUAUUAUACGUACAUGACAAUUAAUUCAUACGCACAUAAUCUGUAUCGAUUUCAGGGUAUAUUUCGGAAAGUUAACGGUACAUAAUGAAUAGAUUCGCGUGUUCUCGAUACGUAAAUUGAUCACAAGAUUAAAGAAGAAGACGUCGGCAGAAAGAUACUCGUAAUAAACAGUAGGUUACUUCGUCAUUUAUCGACGGUCAGUGUUCUAGCUAGCCUAGUGCGAAUUUAUUUCGUCGGUAUAAAUAUUGGUGACUGCAUAGUUUACGCAGCGCUAUUGUAUAAGUCUAACACAGUAGAACUAUAACAUACUGGGAACCAUCGUCAAAACAAACGAGCCGGGGAUUGUGCUUUUUCUUUAUCUAAC